AUGGCUCCCGGGAAUGGGACAUGUUAUAAGCCUAUGAAAGCAACCUCCAAUGGAGUUUUCCAGGGUGACACUCCAUUGGACUUCGCCUUGCCCCUCGCUAUCCUCCAGAUUUGCCUCGUCGUCGUCCUCACUCGCGCUCUCGCUUUCGUGCUCCGCCCCAUGCGCCAGCCCCGUGUCAUUGCAGAGAUCGUUGGAGGGAUAUUGCUUGGUCCAUCUGCAUUGGGGAGAAACCAUCAGUUCUUGAACACACUCUUCCCAGCUAAAAGUCUCACUGUGUUGGACACUCUGGCCAAUUUGGGACUGCUCUUCUUCCUCUUCCUGGUGGGACUCGAAUUGGACCCGAAGGCACUAAAGAGGACGGGGAAGAAAGCCUUUGCAAUCGCCAUGGCUGGGAUCGGCCUCCCCUUCAUCAUGGGAAUAGGGACAUCAGUCGUACUCCGCGGGACCAUCUCCAAAGGCGUGAGCGGACCUCCAUUCCUCGUCUUCAUGGGUGUGGCGCUCUCCAUCACUGCUUUCCCCGUCCUGGCUCGAAUCUUGGCAGAGCUCAAGCUCCUCACCACAGAUGUAGGUAGGAUGGCAAUGUCAGCCGCAGCUGUCAAUGACAUCGCCGCCUGGAUCCUGUUGGCCCUCGCCAUUGCCCUCUCGGGGACAGGACACUCCCCUCUGGUCGCCCUGUGGGUGCUCUUGUGUGGAGCAGGUUUCGUCACAGCCUGUGUGGUCAUACUGCCUCGAGUGUUCACAAUGAUGGCUCAGCGCUGCCCUGAUGGCGAGCCUGUCGAUGAAAUCUAUGUGUGCGCCACACUGUGUUGUGUCCUGGCUGCAGGAUUCGUCACCGACACAAUCGGAAUCCAUGCACUUUUUGGAGCAUUUGUCGUGGGCAUCCUCGUCCCUAAGGAAGGUGCAUUCGCUGGAGCACUGGUCGAGAAGGUGGAAGAUCUCGUCUCGGGUCUGUUCCUCCCUUUGUACUUCGUCUCGAGUGGAUUGAAGACCAAUGUAGCCACGAUACACGGCGCACAAUCAUGGGGGCUCCUCGUUUUGGUCAUCACCACAGCUUGUUUUGGCAAGAUCGUUGGCACCGUGGUUGUCUCCUUACUCUGCAAAAUGCCAUUCCAGGAAGCAUUAGCCGUUGGAUUCCUGAUGAACACGAAGGGUCUAGUGGAGCUCAUUGUUCUCAACAUUGGCAGAGACAGAAAGGUUCUAAAUGAGGAAACGUUCUCAAUUCUAGUUCUAAUGGCUAUAUUCACAACAUUCAUCACCACUCCAAUUGUAAUGGCGGUCUACAAGCCGGCAAAACGAGCAUCGAAGACAGAGUACAAGCACAGGACAAUCGAGAGGAAAGAUCCAAGCGACCAAUUCAGGCUGCUCGCCUGCUUCCACUCAUCGAGGAACAUACCUGGGCUAAUUAACUUGAUCGAAGCUUCCCGCGGGACGGAGAAGCGGCAAGGGCUCUGCGUCUACGCCCUGCACCUCAUGGAGCUCUCGGAGCGGCCUUCGGCGAUUCUCAUGGUCCACAAGGCGAGGAAGAACGGGCUCCCCUUCUGGAACAAGAUCCAGCAGUCGGAUUCUUCGAACCAGGUGGUGGUCGCCUUUGAGGCGUUCCGGCAGCUGAGCCAGGUUGUGAUCCGACCCAUGACGGCGAUCUCCGCCAUCCACAGGAUGCAUGAGGACAUCGGCGAGAGCGCGGAUCGGAAGCGGGCGGCGAUGAUCAUCCUCCCCUUUCACAAACACCAACGGAUAGACGGAUCCCUAGAGACGACCCGAACCGAGUACCGGAGCGUGAACCGUCGGGUCCUGGAGUGUGCACCCUGCUCCGUGGCGAUCCUCGUGGACCGCGGGUUCGGCGGGUCGACCCACGUCGCCGCCAGCAACGUCUCUUCGAGCAUCACCGUGCUGUUCUUCGGCGGCAAGGAUGAUAGAGAAGCGCUGGCGUACGGCGCCAGGAUGGCGGAGCACCCGGGGAUAAGCUUGACGGUGGUGCGCUACGUGGCGAGUCAGGAUUCGUCGGGGGAGAUCAUGACCAUCGAUUUGAAUGAGGGAUCUGAUGGAUCUGGGUCGUCUGGGAUUUCAGAUGGGGAGUAUUUGGCCGAAUUUAGGAAGAGGAUUACGGAGGACGGGUCGAUUAAGUACGAGGAGAAGGUGGUGAAGAAUCCGGUGGAGACGGCGGAGUCGAUUCGAGGGUUUAGCCGGUGUAAUUUGUUCCUGGUGGGGAGGAUGUCGGAGGGUCCGGUGGCGGCGUGCCUGAGCGCAAAGAUCGAGUGCUCGGAGCUGGGUCCGGUGGGGAAUUUCUUGACGUCGCCGGAGUUUGUGACGUCGGCGUCGGUGUUGGUGGUGCAGCAGUAUUCUACGGAAAAGCGAUCGACGCCGAGGCACAGCUCGAUGAGCUCCGGGAAGGUGGCGGAGUUGCCGGCAGGGGAGUUCGAUGACGGGAAAAUGGAGGCACCAGCAGCCGCAUUCUUCUCUGCUCGCUCCCAACUCUCGAUUUUUCCACAAUCCGAUUCCGAAGGAUUUCAACUGCAGUGUGAAUGUGACACUGUGCUAUUGGAAGCAGAGAUGGUUACUGCAAAUGUUACUUGUCCUAAGCACAUGGUGGCUACAUCGAAUGGGUUCUUCCAAGGGGAUAGCCCGUUGGAAUUCGCUCUUCCUCUAGUGAUUCUCCAGAUCUGUCUCGUGGUUGCCCUCACAAGGGGUCUUGCUUUCCUCUUGAGACCAUUGAGACAGCCCCGUGUGAUUGCAGAGAUAGUGGGAGGAAUUCUGCUUGGGCCUUCUGCUCUGGGCCGGAACAAGACCUACUUGCACACAGUAUUCCCACCUAAGAGUGUCCCGGUUUUGGAUACUCUGGCAAACAUUGGUCUUCUCUACUUCCUGUUUCUAUCCGGCUUAGAGAUAGAUCCUAAAGCACUCCGUCGAACUGCGAAGAAGGCUCUAGCUCUUGCUGUUGCAGGAAUCAGUCUCCCAUUCUUAAUGGGAAUCGGUUCCUCGCUUGUCCUCCGAGCAACCAUAUCCAAAGGUGUAAACGACACUGCAUUCCUUGUCUACAUGGGAGUGGCGCUUUCCAUCACAGCAUUCCCUGUCCUGGCUCGUAUUCUGGCCGAGUUGAAGCUCUUGACCACUGACAUUGGCAGAAUGGCAAUGUCGGCUGCAGCAGUUAAUGAUGUGGUGGCAUGGGUUCUUCUUGCUCUUGCCAUAGCAGUAUCUGGCUCUGGCAAAUCCCCCCUUAUAGCAUUUUGGGUUCUGCUUUCCGGCUGUGGAUUUGUCAUUCUCGCCAUACUGAUCGUUCGCCCGAUCUUUAAGUGGAUGGCUCGAAGGUGCCAUGAAGGUGAGCCUGUCCAAGAAACCUAUGUAUGCGGUACACUAGCUGCUGUUCUUGCUGCUGGGUUUGUGACUGAUGCUAUUGGGAUUCAUGCCAUGUUUGGUGCUUUUGUUAUCGGAGUUGUAAUCCCUAAGGAAGGGCCUUUGGCUGGAGCUCUAGUUGAGAAAGUUGAAGACCUUGUCUCCGGCCUUUUCUUGCCUUUGUUCUUUGUGUCAAGUGGGCUCAAAACCAAUGUAGCGACGAUCGAAGGUCUCCAAUCUUGGGGUCUUCUUGGCUUGGUUAUUUGCACAGCGUGUUUUGGGAAGAUUGUUGGCACCUUCUUGGUUUCUCUUCUGUGUAAAUUGCCUGUUCGUGAGUCGCUUGCUCUCGGGUUCCUUAUGAAUACAAAGGGUUUGGUGGAGCUUAUCGUCCUCAAUAUUGGCAAAGAUAGGAAGGUUCUGAAUGAUCAGACGUUUGCCAUUAUGGUUCUGAUGGCUCUUUUCACAACCUUCAUCACCACACCACUGGUGUUGGCUGUAUACAAGCCAGCAAGAAAAUCACGAAGGCCAGACUACAAGUACAGAACCAUUGAGCGGAAGAACACUGCUACACAGCUCCGAAUUCUGGCCUGUUUCCAUUCUACAAGAAACAUACCAUCAAUGAUUAACCUUCUUGAAGCUUCUAGAGGAGUUCAGAAGGUCGAGAACCUCUCUGUGUAUGCAUUGCAUCUCAUGGAACUCUCAGAGAGAUCCUCUUCCAUCCUAAUGGUUCACAAGGCCAGGAAAAAUGGGCUUCCCUUCUGGAACAAGGGCCCUCGGGCAGAUUCUGACCAAGUUGUCGUGGCCUUCGAAGCUUUCAAGCAGCUCAGUCACGUCUCGGUUAGGCCAAUGACUGCAAUCUCUUCAAUGAUGGAUAUGCAUGAAGAUAUCUGCACAACUGCUGAGAGAAAGCGAGCUGCAUUGAUCAUCCUUCCAUUCCACAGGCAUUAUAGAUUUGACGGCUCACUCGAAACUUCACGACCAGAGCUACGGUUGGUCAGCAGAAAGGUUCUGACCCAUUCCCCAUGCUCGGUUGGAAUCCUGGUUGAUCGAGGACUCGGUGGUUCAACCCAUGUCUCGGGGAGCAACGUUUCGUAUCUCAUUAGGGUCAUCUUCUUUGGUGGUCGAGAUGAUCGUGAGGCCUUGACAUAUGGACUCAGAAUGGCUGAGCAUCCUGGGAUUAGCGUGGAGGUGAUUCGGUUUGUGGUCAACCCUGAAGCUGCAGGAGGGGAGAUAGUCAGCUUCCAUAUGGCCGUUCAUUCCAGCUGCAUGAAAUCUCUGUCCAUGGAUGCGGAGAUGAUCUCUGAACUGAAGCAGAAGGCGUCGAAGGACAUAUCUGUGCAGUACGAGGAGAAAGUUGUGAGGAAUGCGACCGAGACUCUGGAUGCGAUUCAGGAAGUGAAGCAGUGCAACCUGUUCUUGGUUGGUGCUACUCCUGAAGGAGGCAUUGGGUUGUUGCUGGAUCGCCACAACGAAUGCGAGGAAUUGGGGCCGAUUGGUGGGCUGUUGACUUCUGAUUCUACUGUAACAGCAUCUGUGUUGGUGAUUCAACAGUAUAGUGAUGGUAAUAACAACCUGGCCACUUCGGAAGAGGCGGCGGUCUCGCAGUUGGAAGAAGGGUUGCAGGAGAAGAACAAAAGCUCGCCGGACUCUAACUGA